AUGGCCCAGCAAGCCAUGGCAAAUUCCUUCUUCUUAACCAUUUUUAUCACCCUUUUCAUCAAGAUAGCAUUAGAUCACAAAGCAGAGGGUGAGAAGGGGUUUGAUCCGACUGAAGGCUUCGAUCCUCUGCCUCUAAAUCAAUCAAACUUCGUCAUUCAAAGGCCUUACGAUGUCCCGGAAGAUCAACGUUAUUCCUUCAUUGUUGGAGUUCAUAGGUUGUGGAUUUAUAAUACUGAUAAACCUCAUACUCCUACAAGCAAAACACAUGCUCGUACUGAAAUUCUUAUACAUGCAAGUCGAGAGAUGGGUAGCAGCUUUUACCACAAUAUCAUCUGUUCCCUCUUAGUCGUUGUUCUAGCAAGUAUUCAGCUUGCUAUUGGAGGACCGACUGAUCCAACAGAUGGAUUUGUUGAACUCCCAUUUAAUACAUCCUUUUAUCACAUCCAGAAGCCAUAUGAUAUCCCUGUAGACCAACGACACAGCUUCAUUGAUGGAAUUCACAAACUCUGGGUCUACUCCACUGACAAGCCUUUAGCUAAGAAUAGUCCUACAAAUUCUCGUACAGAAAUUAUAAUCCAAGGUUAUAAUUACUCUUCGGGGAUAUGGCAAUUUGAAGGAUAUGGAUUUGUUCCCAAUGGUACUUCUGGUGUCUGCAUCAUGCAAGUCUUUGGAGCAAGCCCUCAUGCCACAACUCUAAUGCUCAGACUUUUCAAUGGAACCCUUUCAUACUAUAGAGCUCCUGUCCUAGUUUCAAACAUCUAUGAUAGGUGGUUUCGUCUCAAUGUAAUUCAUGAUGCAGAUGCCAGCAAAGUGACGGUUUACAUUGAUGGGGUUCAAGUGAUUGAAGCACCUGGAAGAGGUGGAAAAUUUCAUUAUUUCAAGUGUGGAGUGUAUUCACAACCUGAUGCUUCUUACUACAUGGAAUCUAGGUGGAAAGGAAUCAAAAUCCUAAAAAAAAUGUAA